AUGCCAACAUAUCCUGAAUAUAAUAAAAAUGCAAGUCCUCACAGAAGGGGUUAUCCUUGCCUUCAAGCAGUUUCCUGAUUCACAGAAGGGCCGAUUACGAAUUCGGUUAGUACCAAGGAUAUUUUGGUUAUCUAACCCCUUAGGUCUAAAGACUCUAGCAUACCCUAAAAAAAAAAAAAAAAAAAAAGAGCAAAACAAUUGCCAUUGAAUGGAGUGGGGUCCAAGAGUCCGAAAAAGGUGCUUAUUUUGAUGUGUGACACUGGUGGUGGUCACCAGGCUUCUGCAGAAGCCAUUAAAGCCGCAUUUAACGAAGAAUUUGGUGAUGAGUAUCAGGUGUUUGUUACUGAUUUGUGGACAGACCACACUCCUUGGCCGUUUAAUCAAUUGCGAAGAAGUUAUAACUUCUUGGUGAAACAUGGGCCUUUGUGGAAAAUGACAUAUUAUGCUUCUGCUCCGCGUCUGGUGCAUCAAUCCAAUUUUGCCGCAACAUCGACAUUUAUUGCUCGGUGA